AUGACACUCAAAUUGCUUAUGAAUUCGACAUGGGGAUAUUCCAUUAAGAAACCUCAAGAGAUGAAGAGUAAACAUUAUGAGAAGGUCGACAACUUUGUUGAAAGGUUUUCUCCUUUUGUUUUGAAGUACGAAUUCACUCAAGGUCAAAGUGGCUUAGUAACCACAUUAAAACCUAUUGUCGAACAUUGGUCUUACCCUCAGUUCGCAAAGGCAGUCCUUGACAACUACAACAAAUUCUUCUCGGAAGUCAAAUCGAAAGUCAAGGUUUACUAUGAGAACAUUGACGCACUCAUGACGAACGAAGAAGGCUAUAACAAACUCAUUGAAAUGGGUUUAGUCGGUGAAAAGAUGGGUCGAUUCAAAUUGGACAAAAUUUUCACCGAAGUUCAUGUAAUAUCGAAAAGGAAAUAUUGGGGCAUACUUGAAGACGGCACAGAAAUAAAACAUUGCAUGAAAUAA